CUCUUGUGUGACUCACAGACGCACAGAGUGUGGGUGAGACAGACGUCCCCAGCACAGUUGCCCGGCAAGCCGAUGGCUCUUCUUCAGGCCAAUAAAGAUCUCAUUUCCACCGGAAUGAAGGAAUUUCGUGUUCUGCUGGAUCAGCAGGUCAUAGGCAAUAAGUCCGUCUCUGAAGAAGACAUGGCGACUGUGGUGGAUGACUGGGUGAGCUUCUACAUCAACUACUACAGGCCGAGAAUGAGCGGGGACCCGCAAGAGCAGGACAGGGCUCUGCAGGAACUCCGCCGGGAGCUGAAUACGCUGGCCCACCCUUUCCUGGAGAAAUACAGGGCCUUCCUGAAGUCCCUGUGAGAAGCCGAGGGGCCAGGCCUCCAACUUGAGAAAUCCACACUCCUGGCUCUACGUCCCGGUCCCUGGGCACCCCUCUUUCAUGCGGUGAUGCUACUUAGCCACCUCAAUAAAGACAGAUGGAUUUUUCUUCCA